AUGGGUCAACGGAGGAAUUCGCCGGUGAACCAGAUGUCUAGAUGGGUGAGGAGGCAGUCUAUGAAGGUGAAGACUUUCUUGGCCGUAUCGACUGUGAUUUUCGCACUGGUGGCUCUCAAAUUACUCAUCAAGAAUCAAGACAACUUUUUUGUUGCCUCCGAGGCUGUUCAUUUUCUGGGUAUCGUAGUACUCAUAUACAAGCUCACCACCCAGAAGAGUUGUUCUGGGCUUUCAUUGAAGUUUCAGGAGCUGACGGCUAUCUUCCUUGCUGUAAGAUUGGCCUGUAGUGUAUCAAUGGAGGGUGACGUUCACACAGUACUUGAUUUUGUCACCCUUGUGUCGACUCUUUGGGUCAUUUACAUGAUGAGGUUUAAAUUGAAAUCAACCUAUGCCUCCGAUCUGGACACCAUGCCCCUUUACUAUGUGGUGGUGCCUUGUGGAAUGCUAGCCUUUAGUUUUCAUCCUAUGACCUCACAUGCUUUGAUCAACAGAAUUGCGUGGGCAUUUUGUGUCUACGUAGAGGCCGUCUCGGUGCUGCCUCAACUUCGGAUGGUCCAGAAAGCAAAGUAUAUUGAACCUUUUACCGCACAUUAUGUGUUCGCUUUGGGUGUGGCAAGAUUUCUUGGCUUUGCUCAUUGGAUUAUUCAGGUUUAUGAUACAAGAGGAAUGGCUCUGCUUCUAAUGACAGGCCCGUACAUUUGGCGACCAAUUGUUUUCCUGGCCGAGAUAAUCCAGACAUUCAUCUUGGCUGACUUUUGCUAUUACUAUGUGAAGAGCCUUAUGAAGGGUCAAGUCCUGGCUAAUCUGCCUGUCUGA